AUCACCAUCGCCCACCAGGUAUGUAGUCUCCGCCGUCUUGGUGCAGUUCUAACAUCAUCUGGGUGAUAUCCGAUACCGAGAUUGCCCUGCUAAUAGCUCAAGAUUGAUUAAAUGUGGUUCUUGAGACUCUGUGCGUCUAGGUACGCUCACCAUUUACAGCGACAUGCUUCUCUCUUCUAUCCCUCCAUCUUUCGCGCUACUCCUUCCUCUCUACCCUCCUCAGCUUCGCCAUUCCUCCUCACUAUCCUCCCCCUCCGUUCAGCUCAUAUUUUCGGUCAGAUGUGUUUGUUUCCAGCACAAUAUAGGAGCUGAAACCAAGUGCCAUUGCCCUGAGCGGUCUAGGCCUUUUCUAGACUUAUGUUGCUGGAAGUGGAUGGUGAACGGUGGGUGUUGGAAGUCAUCGAGGUUGUGGGACGACUGAUAGGUAAGCGCCCAGGCACUUGCCAUUCUUACUGACCUAGCGGCAUGGUAUACAGAAGCCCCGACAACAGCAGACUCCGGAUGCGGGCAAGAUUGUUCGCUGGUCUCCACCUGUGCGAUUUGACUACUGAUCUCAAUACUGGUUACCUUGGCGCAAAAAAAUAAAACCCCAAGCCUGCGUCCAUGUGACUUCUUCAAAAACUAUAGCAGAUACGCUAUGGUAAAAUGAGACACAGCCGAACAGCGUAGAUCACCAUUGUCAUUCCCAACUAUUACUUGUUGGAUUCCAGUAUUGUUGCGCCACAUCCUCCGAAACCCAGCCCGCCGAUGAUUGGCCCCGGGCAGAGGCGUCCUGUCAAAUUCUCAGUUGCACCAUGCAAAAGGUAAUGUACA